CCUCGCGAGAAAAUAAAUUGGAAAAGAAAAAAAAAAAAAGGUGCAGAAAAGCGGAAAGAACAAAAAAACAAAACUCCGUUCCAUUUUCCUACUCUGAGUAGCGCAGAGAAUGGCCGAGGAGGCUCAAGAUUGCGAGACGCCGGUGAAAAAGGAAACGGCGGUUGGUUCGCCGGAUAUCGAGUCACAGAUUGAGGAAGCUAUGCGCUCCCGAGUCAACCACUUCAAAGAACAAGCCGAUUCAUUGACAUUUGAGGGAGUCAGGAGACUGUUAGAGAAUGACUUGGGAUUGCAGAAAUUUGCGUUGGAUGUGCAUAAGAGAUUUGUCAAGCAAUGUCUGCUAAAGUGCUUGGAAGGAGCUGUUGAUGACAAUGCUUCCAAGGAUACUGGGGAAAGCAGGGAAAAACAUUCCUGUUCAACAAAAAGAGAAGCUGCAGAAUCUCCUGAAGGACACGAUUUGAAAAAUGAUAUAAAAGAACAGGGUUCCGAGGAUGAGGAGAAAAUGGAAGACUCUCCUGUAAUGGGCCUUCUGACAGGGAAAAAAACCAAUAAAUCGGAAACUAAGGAAACUCCAGUUGAUAAGAAUAAAAAAGUUCCAAGUGAGGACAACAUAAAGAAAGCCUUAUUAAAGAAGGCUUCCUAUGUCAAAGCCAAUUCUGAGAAAGUUACAAUGGCUGGACUUCGUCGACUUUUAGAGGAAGAUCUCGGACUUGAUAAAUAUGCACUUGAUCCCUUCAAGAAAUUUAUAAGCAAACAGUUAGAUGAGAUAUUACAAUCUCCUGAAGUUUCUGAACCGAAGAAGAAAAAUUUAAAAAGUAAUUCUCAAGAAAAAGCAUCUGCAAAGAAGAGGACUAAAGAGAGUUCAGAAUCUUCAGAUGGAGGGAGUGAUGAAGAGGAUGAAGAUGAAGACGAAGAUGAAGUAAAACCAAAGAAGAAAAUUAUUCCGAAGCAAAAGAUGCUAAACUCUGAAGGGUCAAAAAAACGGAAAAGGAUUGAAAAAGAAAGCAUAGUAUCUGGCAAGAAGCGCAACAAACCUGUGGAAAAAGUGGCAGAGGACGGUAGUGAUGUAGAAGACAGCGGAAAUGCCUCAGAAGAUAGUAAUUCUCAAUCAUCAGCUGAAAAACCAGUGAAGAAAAAGGACUCUUCAACUCCAGCAUAUGGGAAACAUGUUGAGCAUCUAAAAUCUGUAAUCAAAUCCUGUGGGAUGAGUGUGCCUCCUGUAGUUUACAAGAAAGUCAAGCAGGUGCCUGAGAACAAACGUGAGGCACAGCUAAUAAAGGAGCUAGAGGAGAUACUAUCUAGAGAGGGAUUGUCAUCAAACCCUUCUGAAAAAGAAAUCAAGGAAGUCAGAAAGAGAAAGGAAAGGGCGAAGGAACUCGAGGGCAUAGACACGAGUAAUAUUGUGUCAAGCUCACGUAGAAGGUCGACAACAAGUUAUGUGCCCCCUCCGAAGCCCAAAGUACCGGUUGAAAGUGAUAGUGACAAUAGUGAUGAGGAUGAGGAUGAGGAUGAGGAUGAUGAUGACGAUGACGAGGAAGAGGAAAACGAUGAAGAAGAUGAUGGAGAAAAUGAUGGGGAUGAUGAGAGCCAGAGUGAAGAAGAGAAUGCCGAAGACAGUGAUUGAUUGAAUACCGAGUAGGCCGACUCGCAAGUUGAUUGAUGAAUAGAUACUUCGACAAAUUAGAUAUAUGGAUGCAUCAUCUAUUUUAAUUAUUUAGUUCUAUUUUCUUUUUUUGUAUUUUUCUCGAGUGUAGGAACGUAUAGCUUUCAAGGACAAUUUGUUUGCAGGUCCUUCCGUUUAGGAUAUCCUCCCCCAGUUCAUUUGGUGACUUAUAGAAUGUUUAUCUUACCCUGAUAAAUUUAGCUUCUUAUGUAAACAAAUAGUUCUGUAUGUUGAUGUGUGUUACAGUUUUCUUGCAGCAACUGCCCAUAAAAGGUCUCUAAGAUGUAUGAAA